AUGGCAUCAUCCGACGACGAGGCCGAUGCAGGCCCGCAGUCUGUCUCUGAUUACCAUUUUGAGGAUGACGAGCAAGAGCCAGUUUCCUUCUCCCUGCUACCCGUUCAAUGGAGCGAGGGAAGCAAGUCUCCUGGCAAUGAGAGUGAAAGCGUUAAGGGGAUCUUUCUCCGCGGUGCUGCGGACGGUGGCCUACAGACUGUGUUCAAGCCUGUCAAGGCGUGGAAGUUUGAUCUGUCUAAUGCCAUUCCAGUGAUAUCUGUCCUGACCAACGACAAUUCUUGGAUCAAACUGCUGAAGCCAAGGAAGAGUUUCGAGGGAAUUAUUAGGACCACAUUGAUAACUGUACAAUUACUUCAUUUCGUGAAGAGAAGUCCAGACUCGUCAGCAAAAUCCAUCUGGGACUAUUUGUCCAAGACAUUCAGUUCAUACGAAGCUAGACCUUCUCAGGAUGAUUUGAUAGACCACAUGGAUUUAAUUAGUGAAGUUGCUGGUAGUGAUGAUUCGUUAAAGAAGUGCAAGUUCUUGCUCUCAUUUCUGGAGGAGAAGCCUAGCAAGAAGUCAAUGACUGAUAAGGAUAAGCAAACUCCCAAUCUGUCUGGAUUUCUUGUUGAUGACACUGAGGAAGGUAUAUGUGAAGUUGAGGGGGAAGAAGAUGAAUCGAAUGACGAUGAUUUGUUUGAUACAGUUUGUGCGUUUUGUGACAAUGGUGGUGAGCUUGUAUGCUGUGACGGCAAGUGUAUGAGGUCAUUUCAUGCUACUGUGGAGGCUGGUGAAGAAUCUUUAUGUCGAUCCCUGGGGUUUACUAAGAAAAAAGUUGAUGAAAUUCAGAACUUCAUCUGUAAGAAUUGUGAGUAUGAGCAGCACCAGUGCUUUGCUUGUGGAAACCUGGGUUGUUCGAAGAAAUCUUCUGAUGCUGAGGUCUUCCAAUGUGCCAAUGCCACUUGUGGCUACUUUUAUCACCCACAUUGUGUUGCAAAAUUGCUUCACCCUGGCGAUAAGGUUACUGCUGAGGAGCUUCAGAAAAAAAUCGUUGCUCGGGAGGCUUUUUUGUGUCCCAUCCAUAAGUGUUUCCACUGCAAACAAGGAGAGAAUAAGCAGAUCUUGGAUUUGCAAUUUGCUGUGUGCAGGCGCUGCCCAACAUCAUUCCAUCAGAAAUGUCUGCCAAGGGAAAUUCGUAUUGCAAAAGAUGACGAUGAAGCAAAUGAAAGAGAAGGACAAGAAGAAGAAGAAGAGGAAGGUGUAGUAGAUAGAGGCUGGAGGAAUUUGUUACCAAACCGCAUAUUGCUAUACUGCUUGAAGCAUAAGAUUGAAGAGGACCUUGGAACUCCGAGCAGAAAUCAUAUUAAGUUCCCAGGUUCUGAAAUCAAAAGAAUUACGGUUGAAGAGAAGACAAGCAAAGUGAAACAUUUGUCCGAGAAAGGAACAGUAUUAGCAGAUGUGUCAUCGGGGAAGACUGCUUCCAAAGGAUCAACACUUCUUUCUUCAGCUUCGAAACAACAGGAAAUCAUUGAGAAAGGAAAACAGAAGUUGUCCUCCACACAUUCGUUUAAGAAGACUGGUGACUCUUCUGUGAGGUCUUUGAAAGAAAGGAAAAAGGUUUUGUCACCAAAGGUUGAUGGAUCUGGUUCGAACAAGCCCUCUCUGGGUGACAAGUUAUUUGAUUAUAUGAAUAAGAAUUCUGAUGAGAGGCAUACAAAGCAAGUGAGAAAUGACAGUGGGCUAAAUAAAACAGGGACGGAUAUGGAUGCUAAGAAAAAUCUCACAGAUCUGCCAAAAUUAGAUGCAGACUCAGAGAGGAGAUUUUUGGCUUUAAUGAAAACUGCUGCUUCUUCAGUAACUCUGGAGGAUAUUGUCAAGCAGUAUAAACCGCCAUCUACACAUUGUUACUCAUCAAGGGCUCCUGUGGACAAGACCAUUACUCUGGGAAAGGUGGAAGGUGCAGUUGAGGCUAUUAGGACAGCAGCGAAGAAACUGGCUGAUGAUUGCAGUAUUGAGGAUGCCAAAGCUGUAUGUGAACCAGGAGUUGUGAGCCAGGUUUUUAAGUGGAAGAAUAAACUGAGGGUAUAUCUUGCCCCCUUCCUGCAUGGUAUGCGGUACACGUCUUUUGGCCGGCAUUUUACGAAACCAGAUAAACUUGCUGAGGUUGUCAAUAUACUUCACUGGUAUGUGGAAAGCGGCGAUAUGAUUGUCGACUUCUGUUGUGGUGCUAAUGACUUCAGUUGCCUAAUGAAGAAGAAGCUUGACGAGACGGGGAAAACCUGCUCAUACAAAAACUACGAUCUUUUUCCAGCGAAGAAUGACUUCAACUUUGAGCAGAGGGAUUGGAUGACUGUUCAACCACAGGAGCUGCGGAAAGAAGGUUCAAAAUUGAUCAUGGGGUUAAAUCCUCCAUUUGGGGUAAAUGCAGCUUUGGCUAACCAGUUCAUUGACAAGGCCCUUAAGUUUAAACCAAAGCUCCUUAUUCUUAUUGUGCCACCCGAAACUCAACGGUUAGACAAAAAGAAUCCUCCGUACGACCUUAUCUGGGAAGAUUAUGAAUCCUUUGGAGGAAAGUCAUUUUAUCUGCCUGGAUCAGUCAAUGAGACUGAUAAACCCUUGGAUCAAUGGAACAAUGUUGCACCGGUCCUCUAUCUCUGGAGUCGGCGUGAUUUUACUAAAACCCAUAAGGCCAUAGCUGAAAAUCAUGGUCAUGUGCCAGGGCAACACAAAAGAACAGAUAUGAGAGACACUAAUGGCAGUGAAGUGCAAUGUCCCAGUAGUAAUGCAUCUGUACUGAGUGGCAAUCAGGGUUCACAUGAUAACAAGGAAUUACAAGGAUUGGAUGAUAGGCUAACUGGAGUUCAAAGUCAUAGAGAAGAGAGUCCCUCUACUGAAUGCAGAGAGAGAAAAAGCCAAGGUGACCUAGGCUUGGAUUGGAAGAAACAAUCUGAAAUAAAGAAAUCAAAUAAAAGGAAGAAUGUUGAAGAAGAGAACCUUGAAAAAAGAGGAGCAUCCGAGAAUUCUGCAGGAGAUAGCCGCAAAAUAGGAAAGUUUGCUAGAAGAUCCCCUCCUGUUUAUCAAAGUCGGGGCCAUGGCACAGAAAAGAGAUAUGCAGGUGGUGAUACCUUAACGCACAAGGAAACAAGGUACCAAGAACUUCCAUCCUAUGAUGAACAAAUGCAUGAGCGACGAGGAGCAUCUGGGAAUUUUAGAGGGGAUAGCCAACAAGGAGCAGAACUUGCAAGAAGAUCCCCUCGAAUGCCAUCGCCUUCACAGAUGAGGGAAAGUGAUUAUCAAUAUGGAGGCCAUGAGAGAGCUGGACCACCAUAUACCCAUCAUCAUGCAGCACCAGCAGCAGCAGCAGCUUAUGGUGAUGGCAACCAUGAUGCUAACAUGUGGCAUGGCAUAGAUACAGGAGGGUACGAGGGAUUGAGUUACAGGCAACAUCGUCCCGAGACUCGGUAUGAUCAACCAACUGGAAAUUAUUUUGAGUCAUCAGCACCACAGCCCUCCUAUUUGAGGGAUACCUAUGAGCCACAAUCGUCAUCGUAUGUAAGUAGUAGGUCUGUGAUGGAUAGGUAUGCGCCGCAACUGAAUGAAUUGAAUCAGCAACCGAUGGCAGGAGGUUUCGGUUAUGAUCCACCUGUGAUGAUGAAUGGAGGAGGUGGUGGGUAUGAUGCUCGAGGGCAUCCUGGGACUGGAGCGUUCCAGGGUGACUCGAUGCAUCUUCCCCCUCAUGGUCCUCUGCACCCGGGACCAGCAUACGGGGCUGAGCAGGUAUCUGGAUUUCCCAUCUUGGGUUUUGCUCCUGGUCCUCAGCCGCACCCAUUUGGAGACCCCUACAACUCUGCCGGUUGGAUGAAUGACUGA